AUGAAUGUGAAUUACUUGCCAGUUGGGCUGACAAAUUUCCAGAAAGAUCUCAUCGAAAUUUUGGUAUCGAUACAUGCAAUCAGUUUCCGCAACGAACUUAACGGCGUUAAACAUGAACCAACCAUGUCCGACAACGGUUACCCAUCAUUAUCCUCACGUCAACUCACCUACAUGUUCAAUACACAUGUCCGUGCAGUGGCCAACCAUCCAUGCCUAUUAGUAGAUCACUAUAUGCCUCGUCAAUUUUUAAGAAUGGAACCUACAGAGAGACUGAUCAAUUCAAGUGAUAAAUUUAGAAUCUUACAAACAUUAUUACAUUGCUUGAGCACAUUAUGUAACCCGGAGAAUGGAGAAUUAUUGAAAAUUGCCAUUAUCUCUCAUAGUAUCAAGGAAUUGGACUUAUUAGAGAGUAUAGUCUUGGGGAAACAAUUCAAAUUGAAAAGACUGUCUGGUACAGCAUUGUAUGCAGAAGGUACCGAUUUUAAAAGAGACAUGCAAUUACAUGGUAGGGAAAUGUCCUCAAUGAAAAAUGUGUCAAAUAGUGGGGAGGCCAAGUCGAUGGCAGUACGGUCAACAUCACCGUCGACUUCGUCUGCAAAUAUUUCACCGGUAGAGUCUGCAGAAGAACAUGGCUCAAGGGGUUCUACACCUGUAACAACAACUUCAAACAAUACACAUGCUAAUACUGUCAGUAGCGGGUGGGCCUCGACGUCAACAACGAAUGGUGGGUCUAACGCAAGUUCCAGCGGAUCUUCUAGUUCGGGACCCAUCGGAACCAGUUAUACUGGGUAUCCAAAGGAUGAUUAUGAUUAUUCAAUUAAACAUAAUCGUAAACGUCAAAAAGUUGACAAUCGUAAUUGGUUGUUUCUAACCACAUCGACUCAUUUAGCUCAUGAACAAACAUUACUUGAUGAAUAUAGUCUUGAUUUAAUAAUUAGUUUCGACCCAUUAUUGGACCCGACUUUACUUGCUAUCAAAAAUAUCAAUAAAUCACACUUCCAAUACAGUACAACUAAAGUUACUCAAAGGAUGAAGAAUAAAUAUAAAGUACCUAUUGUGAAAUUAUUAGUACGAGAUUCACCAGAUCAUUACCUUUUACAGAACAAUUUGAACCUGGAACAUGAUGCCGCUAAAGAAUAUGAUAAUAUUAAGAAUGCAAUGUACCAUUUUCUUCAAUGCAGAAGAUCACAACAGGAUGGAAUUAAUGAUACAACAACCAAGGACAAUGCAUAUUAUACAGAAUUCUUACAAAAUAUAUUGUCUGCCUCUAUGGACUCAAAAGAAAAUCGUAGUAAUAAUACGAACAACGAUGUGAUACCAUUGAGUCAACUAACUACGACUGAGGACUCUGCCAAGAGUUUUAUACCAAAAUUUGUUAAUUCGGUGUAUCCAAACAGUGAAAUAACAUGUUGUGAGGAUCCCUUCAGUAUAAAGUCCUAUCAAACAACUUUAAUGCAAAAGACAAUUGCACGUCUUGAUGCCAUCAAUGGCAGAUUAAAUGAAAACGAAUUACAUAUCAAUGAUUUGAGAUUGAAGGAGACAGAAAGGCAGGGACUUAUCGAUUCUUUGAAGGCAGAAAUUGGUACCAUAUUUAAGAGUAAACAAGACUUGGAAAAAGUUAAAUUAGAUAGUGAGAAACGAUUUGAGCGUACAAAUAACGAAUCCAUAAAACUUAACGAGAAAAUGAGUAAUAUACAGAAAUAUCAAGACGAGUUAGAAAGCCUAACGAAACAAGGCGAUAGCACCUCUCUACAGGAAACAUUAAAUCAAUUAAGCCAUGUUAUUUCUACGCAUCAGGCAACUCUCAAAACAUUGGUUGAAACAAACGAGAAGCAAGCUUUGGAGAACGACGAACAUAGGGCCACAUACCAAAGAGACUCCUCUCGCGCUGCUGCUCAAUCUACAGAGCUGGCAACGUUAAAGAAGACAGUGGAUACCCUGAAGAAAGAACAAGAAGGAACAGUCGGGCUCUCGAUGAACCUGCUAGGUGCAGAACGAAUGGAGACACAUCUAAUCGGAGAAUUGGACCUUGCCAGACGUCGUAAUGAGUUCCUCGAACGAUACAUUACCAAGAUGACAAAGGAUUACAAGUUACAUCUGCAUAACAAUGACAACAAGGUGUCUACUCCGAUGAAUGAAACCGUCAAAGGAGGUAACGGUAGCAGCAACACCAACCACGAUAGUGCUACGUCAACAAAGAGCAAUACACCAAACGGGACAGACGAGUACUCUAGACACAGAUCUACCAGAUCAGCUGCUCCUUCAUACACCUGA